UGGGACCCUAGCAUUGGUCGGGUCCAGCAUGGCGAUUCUUCCUCAGUACGAUUCCAGAAGUCCGAGCUAGUUUUCUAUCUGAACCAAACCAUAGACCCAAAGGAAGCGAAAUCGGAAAGGGUUUCCUCGAAUAAUUCUUGCAAUCGGCUUCUAUCUCCCUCCCUCUUACGGGGAAGAGAGGUGACUGGAUUGUGAGAACGACAUCGAACCAGAUUUCCACGGCGGAAGAGAAUAGUGCCGUAUACAGAGGUAAUAUAAGUGACGGAAAGACCAUGGGCGGUUCCUUUUGUUUGCGUGGAUAACUCUUCGAUAAUAGUAAAGGUGUAUUGUUUAACCCAACUCAUUCUUGGCCGAUAUCUCCCCUAUCGACACAGCGGGGCAUAUAAUAAGUCAAUUAUUAUAUGAGCGUUUGCAGCAGAUCUUCUAUUGCCAGAGAAGGCCAACUCAACAGUUUUGAAUGAUGGUUGUGAGAAGCUGGUCAAUAGACAUUUUGUUUGAGCCAAAGUAAGUUAUCCUGCGGUGGAUCAGCUUUUGUUUCGAUCUGAAGUUUCAGUUGACUUAGUUCACUGCCCGAGUUAUCAAACAAAUGCUUGUUCUUCAGUAUAUUCAUACGAACUGGAAAUUAUUAAAAGCGCAUGGGUUUUUCAAUGAUAUUGAAUAAAAGAGAACCAUGGGACAUGAACUUGAGAAGGUGUUUCCUGCCAAUCCGAAGGACUACGAAUUGUAUGAGGAAGUCGGUGAAGGCGUCAGUGCAACAGUAUACAGAGCACUCUGCAUUCCUCUGAAUGAGGUGGUUGCUAUAAAGGUUUUGGAUCUUGAGAGGUGCAAUAAUGAUCUGGAUGGCAUCAGGCGUGAAGUGCAAACCAUGAGAUUAAUUGAUCAUCCAAAUGUAGUGAAGGCAUAUUGCUCUUUUCCAGCAGGCCACCAACUUUGGGUUGUGAUGCCUUACAUGGCUGGUGGUUCUUGCCUUCAUAUAAUGAAAUUUGCUCAUCCUGAGGGCUUUGAUGAACCUGUUAUUGCUACUCUUUUACGUGAGGUUCUUAAAGCUCUUGUUUAUGUACAUGGCGAAGGGCACAUACAUAGAGAUGUAAAGGCCGGGAAUAUACUAAUUGAUGCUGAUGGAGCUGUUAAGCUGGCAGACUUUGGUGUAGCAGCUUGCAUGUUUGACACUGGGGACAGGCAGCGAGCACGAAAUACAUUUGUGGGGACUCCAUGCUGGAUGGCUCCUGAAGUCAUGCAACAAUUACACGGAUAUGAUUUCAAAGCUGAUAUUUGGUCAUUUGGCAUAACAGCAUUAGAACUUGCCCACGGACAUGCUCCAUUUUCUAAGUAUCCUCCAAUGAAGGUAUUACUUAUGACCUUACAAAAUGCACCACCGGGUCUCGAUUAUGAACGUGACAAGAAGUUUUCUAAGUCUUUCAAAGAGAUGGUUGCUACAUGCCUGGUGAAGGAUCCAAAAAAGCGCCCCACUUCGGAAAAGCUUUUGAAGCAUCAUUUCUUUAAACAUGGUCGUUCAAAUGAAUAUCUAGCACGAGCUAUUCUUGAUGGCCUUCCUCCACUUGCAGAUCGUUUUAGGACAUUAAAGGGAAGAGAGGCCGACAUUCUUCUGAAUAGGGCUGAUGAGGACAAAGAGCAACUAUCACAGCGUGAGUACAUCCGAGGCAUCAGUGCUUGGAAUUUUAAUAUUGAAGACUUGAAAUCCCAGGCAGCCCAAAUCCAAGAGGAGACGCCCAAUUUAGAAUUAGAUGUGAAUCAUCGUACUAAUUAUGCAAAUGAUUCUGUACAGCAGAUUGCUUCUUAUGAAACAGAUGAUGUUGCCAAUGUUGUCACAUCAAGGAAGGAAAAGUUUCAAGAUCUUCAAGAUUUUGAUGGUCUUCUCAGCACUGCCUUUCCUAUUCGUCCUCUUAAAGCACUUGAAGGCUAUUUUGAUGUUCCUGAGGAUGAGAUCAAAGAUGCAAGCCCCAAUGGGCAGGUUGGCAUGCAGUUGGAUUCAGAACCACUAAUCCUUAUGAAUCAGGGAUCACAUGAAGUCAAUUCAGAAAGUAAAAAUACUCGUGCUGAGAAUUUAGAAAACAGCACUUUCGUGGUCAAACACUUGGAUGUUUCUGGACGGCAGAAAGUUUUUAGUGGUUCACUUCUACCAGAACAUCUACUUUCACAUGCAAGGAAUACUGCUCUACCCACCGAGAGGGAUGAAUUACACCAGAAGUAUCAUAGCGAAAAGAAUUACAGUGGGCCCUUAUUAAGUCGUCAUUCCUCCAACCAUUCAUCUGUGAAUUUGAAUGAUGAAUCAUCAGAAGGACGAGUUUUUCAACGUAAGGGGCGUUUCAAGGUUACUUCAUCAGAUGCUGGAAAUAAGGUAGCAACAUUGGUCAAUCCAGCAGUUGGCUUAACUGCAAGUGCUACUUUGGAGGCUGCUACAAUCCUUCCAACUUUGCAAUUUAUAUUUCAGCUAAAUGUUAUUCAAAGGGAACAAAUAGUUAAAUUGCUCAAACUUGUGGAACAAGCUUCUGGUCAUCAUGUGGAGCCUUCUGGUUUGGGUGGUGGCGAGUUAUCACAGUUGGGAUUGCAGCCAUCUCUAAGGGCCAUUAAGGAGCGGGAGCUACAAUCUUACAUUCUUCAGCUGCAGCAACAGGUUGAUAAUCUUGCUGAUGAGUUGCAGAUAACUAAAUUUAAAAAUGCACAGUUGGAACGGAAGCUAUAUUCUUUUCAGAAGGAAAAAGAUGAUAUUAACGAAAAUGAUAUACCAUAAGGGGAUAUUCUCAGUAGCCACACAGAAGAGAACACCGAACGCACAGUAUCCCCCACUGCUGUAUCAUUCUUCAUAGAAGGGCUCCAGGCAACUACGUUCAUAUUCUUUCAUUGUAAUACUACGUAGGAUUGUAAUGCGGCUUAGAUAUGAACAGCCCUUAUAUGGGACAAUUUUUUCCCCUUGUAAAUGCUUAUAUAUUUGUAAUUUAUUAUUAAUGAAAUGGUCUAUUGUGCUAUGUGCAGCUUUUGAUAA